AAUUUCAGAAAAAGGAUGGUUAUUUCCAAUUUUUGACUGGACCGAAACCUAUAUAAGCCCCUCUUCAAAUCUCAAAACCGCCAUUUCUUUCCACAUUUCAAAUGUCCGAAGAAAUUUCAGAACGAGUUUCCCUCUUUCGUUCCCAACUUCAAAACCGAAGAUUCGAUGACAGAACUCUCCGGAUCUUGGAAUCUGUUCUGGUCUCGAAGGAUGUGAAAUCGUUGCUGGAGAUCCGUUCGAUGCUGAGGGUGCUCAUGCGGUCUGAAUCUGUCUCUGUUCUGAGAGAAAUUGCGGAGAAGUCUGUUGAUCAGAAGCUUUCAGUCGUAGAGUUCUUCGUUAAUGCGUUUGCUCUUGUGAGAGAUGUAGAGAGCUGCUUGGCAUUGAAAUAUGAGGCCUUGGUUCUACGGGACCUUAAACAUGUAAAUCAUCAAUGGCUGCGGGUAUCAUAUGAGGAGUGGCUAACUUUUGCUGAGGAUUCACUGGAUAAUGGUUUUCAUUCCAUUGCAGCGAAGGGGUUUGAAAAUGCACUUCUGUCCUCUCAACCCACCAAUAUUGAUAACUUCUUUGCAGAGGCAGAAGUGAUUGAAAGAAUAAAGAAACUUCGAGACAUGGCGAGGGCAUUAGCUGCUUCACAUUCUGGGGAAUUGAUUUGAGAACUUUCAAUUUAAUCAACAAGAAACGACAAAAGCUAAUGGCGUUUCCUGGUAUUCAUAUUAAGUAGCCUCAAACUGCAAUUAUUUUUUGUUCCAGUCCUAUUUGAAAGUAAUAUAAUUUCAGUUUGGAACCUUCCUCAAUAUGAAAUGACGGUUUGAGUAUUUCUUCUCUAAUAGACAGAUGAUUGCGAUUUGAUUCGACAUUGCAUCCAAACACACCCAUAAUGGUAAUCCCGUGGAGUAAUGUUCCUUGGAAGGCUGAGUACUUGUUCCUUGGGAGUAGGACACUCAAGACUUCCUUUCUAAUAUGCUUAAACUGAUAAACACAACCUAAACUGAAAUCAAACAUGCAAAAUUUGAGAGAUCAAUUCAUCAUAGAAUACUAUAUGUUGGCAAGGACAAAAUCAUUUAGCUUGUCCAUCUUCUAUUUAUUUCCUA